AUGAAGUACUCUGCUGUCAUCCUCGGCCUCGCCGCCACCACCGCCGUCGCCCAGGAGAACCCGCUCUCCAGCAUCGUUUCCGGUCUUAGCAGCCUCAUCCCCACCCCGACCGGCGGCAUCCUCUCCUCUGCCAGCGACAUCGUCUCCAGCAUCCGCUCCGGCGGUGAGAGCAGCAGCGCCACGACCUCUGGAGGCUCUGAAACGUCCAGCAGUGCGACCUCGGGCUCCGCCACGUCCGUGACGACCUCGGCCACCUCCGGCACCCACAGCGGCACCAGCAGCAAGAGCGGUUCCAGCUCCGGCUCCGCCACGACCAGCGGCAACGGCGCCUCCGCCACCAGCUCCCGGAACGCCGCCCCCACCAACGCCGCCAAGUACCUGGCCCCUGUCGCCGGUCUUGCCGCGGCCGUUGCGCUGCUGUAG